UAUCCAUGCCUGCCAGCCUCCUGCCUGAGACCCUUCCCUACCUUCCUUUUACCCUAGUUCCUGCUAAUCCUUCAGGUCUCAGCUUGGCGGGUCCCCUCCUCCCAGAAAGAAGCCUUUCCUGACCUUUCUGGCUGGGGUGGGCGGCUCGCUCAGCCCACUGGGUCCAUCAGAGCCCUGGCCACUCAGGGUGGUCAUUGGUGAUAUGCCUGUCCACUCUCGGUAACAGACAACUAAAUGUGAGUCCCUACCCAACUCAUAUGGCAAGUCAAAACCACGGCUGUCUCCCUUCUUAUCUGCAGAUUUCCUCCACGUCCUGACGACACAAAAUGGGAAGUUUUAUCUCUAGUUUCACCAGCCAGAAACUGAGUAUGAUGACAAGGCUUAGUAAAUAUCCCUGAGGUAGUGAAAUGAAAGGGGUAGGCUGGGGUCUAAACCAGAGCACAAACCCUACGAGUGUGACAGGGCCAGGCCCUGGAAGGGCGGUCGUUCAACCAUCCCAAAAUUAAGCACGCCGGGAGCUGGAGUCACAACUGUGGUUCGAGUCCCUUCUGAUUGUCCAACUUCAGACAGGAGAGGCUGAACGGGCUCUGUCUCACCCGGGCGCCCUUUUCCUUCCUGGCUGCUGGGGGCGGGACCCGAGGGAGGCACGCAUGCGCAUAGGAAGGUCGGCAUUCGGACCGGAACUUUGGUGCUUGGGCAUAGAGGAGCACCCGGCUCCGUGAACCUUCUCGGCCGGAAGUGGUUCCUCAGUUUGUGGGGCGGAGGUUGGCGUGCGGAUUCCUCCACGGCGGUUGACAAGUCGGAGAAAAUCAGGAUGGACGCCGUAGCGACCGCAGCGGCAACGAAAGAACCCGAGGAGGGCUACACAGAGCCCAGACCUGGGCACUGGGGGGAGCUGAGCUGGACACCAGUCCCAUCCCGACCCCAGGACAAGGUGGAAGCAGCUAAGGUGGUGCCAGAGGCCCUGGACAACAGUGCCCCCAGGGCUGAAAACGCAGCGGUGAGCGCCAUGCUGCAUGCUGUGGCUGCCAGCCGCCUACCUGUGUGCAGCCAGCAGCAGGGAGAGCCUGAUCUGACAGAGCGGGAGAAGGUGGCCAUCCUGGGCCAGCUGUACCACGAGAAGCCACUGGUAUUCCUGGAGCGCUUCCGCACAGGCCUCCGAGAGGAGCACCUGGCCUGCUUCGGCCAUCUGCGAGGUGACCACCGUGCAGACUUCUACUGUGCUGAGGUGGCCCGGCAGAACACUGCCCGGCCCCGAACCCUGCGCACCCGCCUGCGUAACCGGCGCUACGCUGCCCUGCGAGAGCUGAUCCAAGGGGGCGAGUACUUCAGUGACGAGCAGAUGCGGUUCCGGGCCCCGCUGCUGUACGAGCAGUACAUUGGGCAGUACCUAACCCAGGAGGAGCUCAGUGCCAGGGACCCACCCCAGCAGCCCCCCAAGCCCGGCUGCCCCGGCACACCCGCCUGCCCGCUCUCUGACCUGCUGCUGCAGUCCUACCAGGAGAGAGAGCUGCAGCAGCGGCUGCUCCAGCAGCAGGAGGAGGAGGAGGCCUGCUUGGAGGAGGAGGAAGAAGAGGAAGACAGUGAUGAGGAAGACCAGAGGUCAGGCAAAGAUUCAGAGGCCUGGGUCCCCGACUCGGAGGAGAGGCUCAUCCUGCGGGAGGAGUUCACCAGCCGGAUGCACCAGCGCUUCCUGGACGGCAAGGACGGGGACUUCGACUACAGCGCCGUGGACGACAACCCCGACUUCGACAACCUGGACAUUGUGGCUCGGGAUGAGGAGGAGAGGUACUUCGAUGAGGAGGAGCCCGAGGAUGCGCCCAGCCCAGAGCUGGAUGGGGACUGACAGCCGCCACCCUCUUGCCGGCCACCUGCCCUGUCCCUUGUCCCAACAAGGCAGCUGAUUACAGGCCGGCUCAGUGACUCUUUCUCUAGGGGGACAUCCGGGCAGCACCUGUCCACACCAGCCUCACUGGCUCUAGUCUCAUCUCACAUAAUCCCCUCACUUCUGUCUCUGGGGUUCCCUACCUUUCUCCCUCUUUCCCCACUGUCUCCUGCCUGUCACUCUUGCUGUCUCUCUGGGUUACUUCUGUGUCUCUCUGUCCACAUCUCACUGCCCAGCGCCCUUCUCCCUCUGCUUUGGGCUUUGUGCCUGUGGCUAGAGCUGGCCAGGCCAAGCGACACCUGACCCCAGGUGCAGCUGCCUCUCGCCCGUUGCUCUGUGUCUUUCUCCACCUCUGUGUCUGGGCCGCUGUCCUGCUCGUGACCUCCUUGCUCUGUAUGUUCCCAUCUCUGUCGGCCUCACUCUGGGCCUGCUGUUUUCCUGCCUGUACACUUCCGCUUCCCUCUCGGCCUCUGUACUGUCACCGUCCCUCUCUGUGUCUCAGCCUUUAUCUCCCUGGGUUUUGGGCCCCCCACCCCGGCCCCACUCCACACCCUGGGCCCCUUCUUCCGCCUCCCCCCAAGCCUGACUGCUGCGUAAGGCAGCGUCGUGGGCAGAGAGGAGACGGGGGUGACCACCUCCACCUCACGACCCAGGCUGGGGUGAGCAGGAGCAGAACUGGGGAUCACAGGGCCUGCCAACCUGGGCAUGGAGAGAGGGGGUGCAGGAAGGGGGGAGCUCCCCUCCCAGCUCUCCCAACCCCCCCUCUGCCCAGCCACAAUUUUCCCUUCCUUCACUUCCUCCACCUCCCUCUCCCUCUCCUGUUUACACUCCCCAAAUACGCACAGUCUGUUAUCAUGGGUCCUGAGUCAUCACACACACACAUACACAGCCUGCCCCAGCGUCCCUGCCCCCAGCCAGCCACAGGGCCCGCCCCACAGAGCCCCCUGCCGCCCUAGGCUAAUGGGAGCCAGAUGGCCGCCUGGUGACUCAGCCACUGGCCUGUGGGAACCCAGGCGUCCCGCCUUCCCAUGCCCCCACACCCAGCUCCUGCAGGAGACACACACAGACUGGCCACUGGGGGCAGGGCACAGGCCAGAAGCCAGCAAGGUGGGGCCUGGGGAACCCUCACUCUGGUGAGAUGGAGUGGUGGCAUCCUGCCCUGGCCGAGCCUGAGGGAGCCUCAAAACUGCCUCCUGGGGCCCUGGUUCCUGACCUCCGGCCUCAGCUCUCCCCUCGGGUCAGCCAGGAUUGGAGCCAGACAUGAAAGUGAGAGCCGGACAGAGCAGAGGGAUGUUCAGACGCAGCAGCUAUUAAAUAAUGAAAGUGCUGGCUGCUGAGCAGUCCUGUCCUCUGCCGGGCCCCAGCAAAGUGCUUGACACCAAGCUGAAUCCUCCAAACUGCCCCGGGAACUAGGGUCCCUUAGCUCUGCUUCACAGAUGGGUCAGAGAGGCCCAGAAAGGAGAUGUUGCUCACGCAAGGCCACUCGGCCAUCAGAGGCAGAGCUGAGAUGGGAACCCAGGUCCCAGAAACCACUCUGCCAUCCAGCCUGUUAGAUACCGGGCCACGCAGAGCUGGAGGGACACAGGACUUCCUCGGAUGGGGAAACUUCAGAAGAGUUAGAUGUUGGGGCUGACAUCUCUUUGGGGACUGCCCCCCACACACAGUAGUGACAGGAUCAUCUCAAUGUGUACAUUGGUACUUGAAUCACCGACCGGCACAGCAGUCCUGUGCAGUGGGUACUGCCGUGUGACUGUCCCACCUCCCAGGGACACAGCAACGAGGCCCACGAUAGUCCAGCCAGCUGGAUUCUGGGACUGUCCGGGUAUGCCAUUUGGAAAGACGAGAGCAAGAGAUGAGAGAUGUUCGUCUCUCAGGCACUUAAGUUGGUGCCCUGAGCUCUUCCGUGGUAGAGGUAUCAGCCCUUAGUGAUGCACAUUUUAGACCAGUCUAUCAUUUGGUCAUUAAAUUCGUUUAUAAUACA